UAUUUUAAUAACACAUAUAAGCAGUAUAUAUAUAUAUAGUAUUUUUAAUGAUUCUAAUUCUUUUUUAAUAAAAGUCGCUAUGAGAGCAGACCCGCGCGUCCCAGUUCUGCGCUGGCUGUUCUUUCACUUGCUAUCCGGCGGCGGGCUGCUUCAGAUCCAAGCAGUCGGUGACGGUCCCCAUUGGACCCACACAGGGUCCCAUGGUCAGUCUCACUGGGCUGAGUUGUUCCCCUCCUGUGGGGGUCUCUCUCAGUCCCCAGUGAAUAUCGAGACCGGAUGUGUCAAGCUGGACCCCUCUCUGCACCCCAUCGAACCCCAGGGGUACAGCAGCCCGAGCAGCGACUUCUUCACUCUGGAAAAUAACGGCCAUUCAGUUGAGAUGUCUCUGCCGGGCUCCAUGUCUCUAUCUCGCAGGUUCACUGCUGCCCAGCUGCACCUGCACUGGGGGAGCGGGGGUAACGGGGCGGGGUCGGAGCACCUCAUCGACUGGCAGGCCAGCCCGGCCGAGCUGCAUGUGGUGCAUUUCAACUCGGAGAAAUAUCCCAACGUCAGUGUAGCGAGGAACCAAUCAGACGGGCUGGCAGUGCUGGGCAUUCUCAUUGAGGUGGGAGAGGAGACAAACCCAGCCUACGAGAAGAUAUUCAACUACCUGGGCUAUGUGAAGUACGCAGGUCAGAAGGUGCUGCUCCCCUCCUUCGAUGUCGGGGCCCUGCUCCCCGAGCGCCUCGAUCGAUUCUUCCGUUACAACGGCUCCCUGACCACGCCCCCCUGCUUCCAGAGCGUGCAGUGGACCGUCUUCCACCAGAAGGUGUCGCUCUCGCGGUCGCAGAUUGAGAAGCUGCGGACCACUCUGCUGUCCUCGGAGCUCGGGGUCCUGCCUCCAACCCCCCUCGUGGACAACUUCCGCGCGCCCCAACCCCUGAACCAGAGAGUGGUGCUCGUGUCUUUCCCAUUGGCAGAUGCCAGAGUUGUAUAUUCGAUUGGGGAGAUCUUUGCUGUCAUCGCUGGCAUCCUGUUCGGGGCUCUGGGAAUCAUUCUAACGGCUCACUUUCUUAUCAAAGGCAUACGGUCCAAAAAACACAGAGAGCCCAAACAGGAAGUGAUUUACAAAGCCUGUAACCCAGAAGAGGAAGUUGUCCAACAGCAGGAACAGCAACAGCCUUGAACUUUCACCUUUGACCAGGACAAUGUAUACAUAUUUUUUUGUUUUUGAUUAUAUAUAUAUCACAGGGUAAUGGCUAAUAAUCAGGACAUUAUCCUUAUUAGAGUCUGAGAAGCAGUGCCAAUAUUGUAAUUAUAGUAUUAAAUGAGUCAUUUAGCAGACACUUUUGU